AUGAUUGAAAUCACUUGCAACGAUCGUGUGGGCAAGAAGGUGCGGGUCAAGUGUCUACCUGAAGACACUAUUGGCGACUUCAAGAAGCUGCUGGCAGCCCAGAUCGGAACUGCUCCCGAGAAGAUUGUGCUCAAGAAGGGAUACCAGACCUUCAAGGACCAUAUCACUCUGGAUGACUACGAGAUCCACAACGGAUCAAACCUGGAACUGUGA